CCUAUGUACGUAGAUACAGUGACCCUCAAAAGCAGUGACGCGAAAGACUCUCUCUCUCUCUCUCUCUCUCUCGCCGUGGUUAUUAAAAUCCCCACACUUUACUACUCCCACUCUGUGCUAGGGUUUUAGGGCUAGGGUUUCUCAUCCAAAAAAUCGGCAAUUCCGGAUUCAGCCAUGGAUAGGUAUCAGAGGGUCGAAAAACCGAAGCCCGAGUCGCAGAUAAACGAGAACGAGAUUCGAAUCACAACCCAAGGUGCCAUCAGGAACUACAUCAGUUAUGCCACCACUCUUCUCCAGGAAAAACGUGUUAGAGAGAUUGUUUUGAAAGCAAUGGGACAGGCAAUCAGCAAGACAGUAGCCAUCGCUGAGAUUUUGAAGAAGAGAAUUCCCAUGUUGCAUCAAGAUACUGCCAUUAGCUCAGAAAGCAUAACUGACGUAUGGGAACCCAUUGAGGAGGGUCUUGUACCUGUGGAGAUGACUCGCCAUGUCUCAAUGAUUUCCAUCACCUUAUCUCCUAGAGAGCUAAACCGAAAUUCUCCUGGGUACCAAGCUCCACGUCAUGCUGAACAACCAAAGCCACAAUCUACUUAUCAACAGCAACAGCCACCUAAACAAGCACGUGCCCCAUACAAUGCUGUUAAUGAAGGUGGUGCGAGCGAUUCAUAUGGACAAGGACGGGGUCGUGGGAGAGGAAGAGGUAGAGGGAGAGGGAGAGGGAGAGGUCAGAGUUGGGGCAGGGGUGGAUAUGGGAACUAUCAAGGUGGAUAUGGAAACGAUCAAGGUGGAUAUGGAAACAAUCGAGGAGGAUAUGGAAACGAUCGAGGAGGAUAUGGAAACGAUCAAGGUGGAUAUGGAAACGAUAGAGGUGGAUAUGGAAACAACCGAGGUGGAUAUCGAGGUGGAUAUGGAAGCAUUCGUGGUGGAUACGGAAACAAUCGAGGUGGAUACGGAAACAAUCAAGGUGGAUACGGAAACAAUCAAGGUGGAUAUGGAGACUUUCAAGAUAAUGAUGGAUAUUCAGACCGGGGUCGAGGCGGUGGGCGAGGCAGAAGUCGGGGUUAUCGCAGUACUGGAUAUGAAAGAGGUAGAGGUGGAGGCAGAGGGUAUGGCCGUGGCCAGGGACGUAUGGGGGGGCGAAUGGGUGGCCGUGCAAGUCGUGGUGAGAACCAGGAAUAGGCUGUUUGCCUUUUGCUUUUAGCUAAAUUCUUGCCUUGGUCUGUGGGUUCAAUCUAUAUGAAUAGGGUUUUAAUAGCGUGAAAUGUGGUUCACAAUCUCCAGCAUUAUUAUUCAGUGGUUUUUUCUUUCAUCGUUGUAUGGAUGUGGGCGAGGUUGUUCUGUUCAUCUGUUGCAUCCGCCCUAAGAUCAAUGUGGUUGGUUUGCUGUAAUUCAUUUUACCCUUGUGGUUGCUAAUAUCCUUUUUGACUUUUGUAUUUA